ACUCCAGCAUUUAGACACAGAGCGGAGAGGAUCAUGGCGGAUGGCCCCAGGUGUAAGCGCAGAAAGCAGGCGAACCCCCGGCGGAAUAACGUUACCAGUUACAACAAUGUGUUAGACGCAAAUUCUGAUUCCGAUGAUGAAGACAAAUUGCACAUCGUAGAAGAGGAGAGUGUUACGGAUGCGGCAGAUGGCGAGGGCGACUUGCCAGAAGAUGAUUUGCCAACCGACCAAACAGUAUUAGCAGAAGGCAGCGAAAGUGUGAAACAAAGUUGCUGGGAUGAUGAAGAUGGAACAGACGCAAAUGAAAUCCUGGGGCCUGAUGCAGAUGACAUUGGAUGUACAGACGCUCACGAUGAAGAAUGUGAUUCAGAUGUUGAAAAUGAGCAAAACCAUGAUCCAAAUGUGGAAGAGUUCCUGCAGCAGAGCGACACAGCCGUCAUCUAUCCAGAAGCUCCUGAGGAUGACCAGAGGCAAGGCACACCGGAGGCCAGUGGUCAGGAUGAAAAUGGAACUCCAGACGCAUUUUCCCAGCUCCUGACAUGUCCGUAUUGUGACAGGGGAUACAAACGUUACACUUCCUUGAAGGAACACAUCAAAUACCGGCAUGAAAAGAAUGAAGACAACUUUAGUUGCUCUAUGUGCAGCUACACGUUUGCCUACAGAACCCAGCUGGACCGUCACAUGACAUCCCACAAGUCAGGAAAAGAUCAAAGGCAUGUAACACAGUCUGGUGGAAACAGAAAAUUCAAAUGCACUGAAUGUGGAAAAGCUUUCAAAUACAAACACCAUCUAAAGGAACAUUUACGGAUUCACAGUGGAGAGAAGCCAUAUGAAUGCCCAAACUGCAAGAAGAGAUUUUCCCAUUCUGGUUCCUAUAGUUCCCAUAUAAGCAGUAAAAAAUGUAUUGGCGUAAUUCCGGUCAAUGGACGUGCACGUUCCGGUUUGAAGACCCCCCAGUGCUCCUCCCCUUCCCUGUCUGCAUCCCCUGGCAGUCCAGUACGGCCACCAAUUCGACAAAAGAUCGAGAACAAGCCUUUACAGGAGCAACUUCCAAUAAACCAAAUUAAAACGGAACCUGUGGAUUAUGAAAUUAAGCCUAUUGUGGUUGCGUCAGGAAUCAACUGUUCUGCCCCUUUGCCAAAUGGGGUGUUUAGUGGUGUUAACGCUCUCCAGGCAACCAGUUCUCCUCAGGGUGUAGUACAAGCUGUUGUUCUACCAACUAUGGGCCUGGUAUCACCUAUUAGUAUUAACCUUAGUGACAUUCAAAAUGUUCUUAAGAUGGCUGUUGAUGGGAAUGUAAUCAGACAAGUGUUAGAAAAUAACCAUGCCAAUCUUACAUCCAAAGAACAAGGGACUAUUACUUCUGCAACCUUACAGCAAGCGGGUCAUUCUGUAAUUUCAGCUUUUAGUCUUCCUUUGGUUGAUCAAGAUGGGACAACCAAAAUAAUCAUCAAUUACAGCUUAGAGCAGCCAAGCCAGCUUUCACUUGUUCCACAGAACCUAAAAAAAGAAGUCCCAGCAGAAGUCUGCAAGACUGAAAAAUUACCUGAAGAUCUAACUAUUAAAACUGAGAAGGAUACAAAGUUUACGGAGGAGAGCACUUGCACGCUUUGUGAAGAUCAGCCACCAGAUUCCAAUGCACUUCAAGAACCUAAGCACUAUGAUCAGAAAAGCAGUACUCCACUUCCUGAAAGUAGCAAGGCUGAAUCCAAGUCUGAGUCUUCAACAGUGGAAACUGCAGAUGGAAACCUUACACCUAGUCAACCACCAUUAAAAAACCUCCUAUCACUUCUGAAAGCCUACUAUGCGCUGAAUGCACAGCCAAGUGCUGCAGAACUUUCUAAAAUUGCUGAUUCUGUAAACCUACCACAGGACGUGGUAAGAAAAUGGUUUGAAAAAAUGCAAAAUGGAGAAAUUUCUCUCCAAUCUUCUAGGUCAUCUUCACCAAAAGCUGAUCUGGAUGGUAGCUUACCAGAGAAGAAUACUGAACUGCAAGAAGACAGUAAUGUUGAGAAUGAAGAUAAUGAUUUGCAGAACCCCCCAAACGAUGACCCCUCCCAACCAUUGGCUGCAAAUGGUUCAGAGAGUGGCACAACCUCCCCAUCACCACUAAACCUCUCUUCGCUGAAAAACUCAGAUGGUGCAACAGUAUCCGACGAGGUAAAAGGUGACCAAGAGCAGCAAAUGGAACCUCUCGAUUUAUCUUUACCAAAGCAGCUUGGAACUGGGUUGGAGCGACCUUCCAUAACUAGUGUUUACCAGAGCAGUGCUUAUUCUGUUCAAGAAGAACCCUUGAACUUGUGUUGUAUUAAAAAAGAGCCAAUGCAAGUGGACAAUGUCCCAAUAUCGGAGCCAGCUCUAAUAAUAAACCCAAGUGCCAAUCCCAUAAACAUUGCUAUUCCCACAGUCACUGCCCAGUUACCUACAAUUGUUGCCAUCACAGAUCAAAAUAGUGUUCCCUGUCUUAGAGCACUAGCUGCCAACCAGCGGACUAUCUUGAUUCCCCAAGUGACAUACACUUAUGCCACCACUUCUACUGCAACAGUUUCAGAGCCUCAACAGAAGAGCCUUCAAGCUAAUGGAAAUCAGGAUGAAAGGCAAGAUACGAGCUCAGAAGGAGUUUCCAAUGUAGAAGACCAGAAUGACUCUGACUCCACUCCACCCAAAAAGAAGCUAAAGAAGACUGAGAACGGCUUGUACGCCUGUGAUCUCUGUGAUAAAAUAUUUCAGAAGAGCAGUUCGCUGCUGAGACACAAGUAUGAACACACAGGUAAGAGGCCUCACGAAUGUGGAAUCUGUACAAAGGCUUUCAAACACAAACACCAUUUAAUUGAGCAUAUGCGCCUCCAUUCUGGAGAAAAACCCUACCAAUGUGACAAAUGCGGCAAGAGGUUUUCACACUCCGGGUCCUAUUCCCAACACAUGAACCACCGCUACUCCUACUGUAAGAAGGAGGCAGAGGAACGUGAUGGCACAGAGCAUGAAGAAGCAUUGCAUGAGACCCUGAGCAACGAGCAUGUAGAUUCCCAAGCUUCUCCGUCUCAGAUAGACUCUGAUGAACGCGAGAGCUUAACGCGAGAAGAUGACAGUGAAAAAGAAGAAGAAGAAGAUGAUGAUGAAAAAGAUACAGAUGAUGGACAGGAAGAAAAAGAAAGUGUGGAGAUGCAUGAUUUAGAAGAGACGGAACUGGAGGUUGAAGCAGGACCAUUGGAAGGUACUUUGAAGGAUGAAGAAUGUGUAGAUAAAAGUCAAACCCCAGAACCAGAAGUCACAGAAAAUCACGUGUCUGAAAAUGACACUGCUGCCCUCCCUUAGCUGGUAUAUUUUUCCAAUAUGGAAAAUCUCUUGACAUUAUACUGAAAUUUAUUCUAUAUUAAACAUGCUUUUUCUCUGAAACACAGUAGCAUAUAUACUGUGAUUUCUGUUCACUACUGUGUUAAAAAAAAAUCCAGGUGUGCCUGAAUCUGAAACUUAGAAAUUUUUCACAGCAAUUUUAACAUUUAGAAAUCCAGUUUGUUACAAGUAUUAUUAAAGAUAUAUAUAGAAGAUAUGACUCAGCAGUCAAAAGCGAAUCAGGUUUAAAUGAACCUACCCAUCCUGAUCAUACACACAUCUGGAAACAUUUAUUUUUGUCAGUAUUAUGUUUCGUUAUUGUGUCAGUUAGUUUGUACAUUUGGGAGAAAAUUUUAUCCUUUUUUUUUUUUUAUUAUUAUUAUUGUUAUUACCGUUACAAACAUCUACUAAAUCUGCAUCAGUAUUUUAUUUUAUAAAAAAAAAAAAAUGUGAGUAUAACUGCACUACAAAAUUCCUUUACAAAUAAUGCAUAUUUUAAAAUGUUAUUACUACCUUGCUGUGUCCAAGACAAGGUAGAGUUUUAUAGCUAAUAUAGUUUGCAAAAGUGUUAAUUUACAGCAUACUUUUAGCCUUAAGAAGACAGCAGCUUGGGAGUAAAGGUGUGUUCUUAUCCAUGAGGUUAAACUGCAAUUAUUAUUUUACAUGAAGCUCCAUUUUGCAGGGACUUAACAGCUUUUUCUGGGAAAAAAAAAUUGCAAAAAUCAGUGUUCCUAAUUGCUUGAAUAUGUAGUACAUAUAUGAAGGAUUUUAAGCUAUGUAUCUCCUUUUGGCCUUAUGCAAGACCCUCUGUGCUGUAAGUGCCAUUUUCAGUAUUUUAAAGGCUGGAACUUGCCUUUGUCGGUGGUCUGUAAUCACUAGCAUUCUGGUAUUGGUAUCCUCAUAAAGUAAGCCAAAAAAAACCCUAUUUUUUUUUUGCCCAAUUUAAUUCUUUAGAUUUUCACCAUUUCUUUAAUUUUGUCUGCUUUGUUUUAUUUUUUAUUUUUAUUUUUUUCUUGUAUGGUUUUUGUUCCGUUUCUUCCUUCGUUUUUUUGUUUAAUGGUUAAAUCCAUAACUUUCUCCCCCCUUCUUUUCCUUUUUUAUUUUAUUUUUAUUUUAAAACAUCUAUGCUUUGUGUAAAUCUUAAUAUGGACCCUCCAAUAGGAAGAAAUUUUUUAAAUGGUCCUCUCGUGAAAAGUGUAAAAAAAAUGCCAAUAUUUGUUCCAAAUGCUAACUAUUAUAGACCUUGUUUGUUAAUGGUGUUAGCUAAAAAAAUACCUAUCAGUAUUAUUUUUAAGUUCAUUUAGUUUUAGGUCUGUGCAACAUUUUUUUUUUGUACUGUAUGUCUUCAAAGCCCUGGCAGUAUUAAUACCCUUCUUACUGACCUGUACCUUUUUAGUUUUAGAAAACUUUUAUAUUUAUGUGUCUUAUUUUUAUAUUUCUUUAUUUAUUACACAGUCUAGUGUAUAAAACUGUAGUUUGUAUUAAUACAAUAAUAUAUUUUAGUAUGAAAUUUUGGAAAGUUGAUAAGAUUUAAAGUAGAGUUACAAAUGGUUCUCUUGCAUUGAGAUUCGAUUUUAACAGUGUUAUGUUAACAUUUAUACUUGCCUUGGACUGUAGAACAGGUAACUUGAGACGGGAAUGUAUUAGAUUUCCACUUGCAGUCAACUCCUUGUACCGUUAUCUGGGUUUUGAUAUGUAAAACCAAGUUUUAAAAUUCACUGUGAGACACAUGGCUUGAAGCCAAGCAGUUUAUUUCGGAUUAACGUUAAUCACCAAAAUGACUGUCCUUAGCAAGCCAAAUUAGAUAACUUUACGAAACAGUGUUGGGAAGUGGGAACAAAGUUUAACAUGUUUGUGCCAAUUAGUUCCUGUAUCCAUAUGUUUUUUUUUUUUCUUGUUUGGGUUUUUGUUUUUGUAUUUUAUUUUAAUUUUAUUUUUUUUGGCAGGGAAUAAAACAAACAAAACAUAACUUUUUAUGUUCGUUGUUAUAUCAUAGUCAUUUUCUAGUUUUUUACCAAGCUCCCUCUCUCACAAUAAAAAUACAUCAACAAGUA